GAAGUCAAACAUGAAAUGAAUGUCAAAGGUUCCUCAGGUGAUGCCAGUGGGUCAGGCUUAGGCUCAGGGCCCACUUUGGAUUUGGCUCAGGAAGGCAAAAAAACAACAGGGACAUGGGUUACUGACAGCAGGAUUAGCAUAAUUAGCACCCCAGCUUCCCCUAAGGACUCCACAAACUGCUUACCAAGAGGCUCUGACUGGCCUUUCUGUGUAUCUCAUGGUGAAGUCACAUUUUCUGUACCUAAUUUUUUUAACCACACCCAGGCAGAGGAUGUGGUAGCUGUAUUGAAUGAAUGGGAUUGGCUCCUGCGUUCAGGCUGCCACCAUGGUUUGGAAUGGUUUUUUUGCCUACUACUGGCACCAAGAUGCCAUCAGCCCUCUGAAAAGUCUGGGAUAGUCCUGCUACCCUGCAGGACUUUCUGUGAGGUGCUGCUGGACAGCUGCUGGACAGUCCUACAGGAGAGGGGCCUGCCUGUGGCCUGCCACACCCUCCCCGAGGGACCAGAGCCCAGUCAGCCAUGCAUAACCGUUAGUAACCACAAAGAAGAGAGCGGAGUCUCCCUGCUGCAGCUUAUUGGAAACCUUCCGUCUGAAAAUAUCACCCAGGUUCAAGGACCAAACAGUCAAACCGCUUACCUCUUCACAAAGAACACAAGCACGGGGCAGAUGGCACGUGCCCACCUUCCCACUCAUUUCUACCGAGACUUCUCUCUUGUCUUCCGCUUGAAGCCCUCCUCGGACGACGCUGGGGUUAUCUUCUCCAUCACAGACUCCAAUCAAAAUAUCAUGUAUGUGGGGGUCAAGCUCUCAGCUGUGAAGGAUGGCAAAAGGAAAGUUAUUUUUUAUUACACAGAGCCUGAUUCAGAUAGAUCUCAAGAGGUGGCCAGCUUUGAGGUGACACACAAGCCUCUAGAGUGGAGCCGCUUCUCUCUGGCUGUUAAUCUGGACCAGGUGUCUUUCUACGAGGACUGUGAUACUGAGCCCAAGAUCGUAAAGUUUGAGCGGUCACCUGACGACUUGGAGCUGGAGACAAACUCCAGGAUCUUUGUUGGACAAAGUGGAGCUGAUGACCCAGACAAAUAUCAAGGCUUGAUCUCAGAAUUAAAAGUGGUUGGAAACCCACAGGCUGCAGAGCGUCAUUGUGAUGAAGCUGAUGAUGAUGAUGAUGACUAUGACGGUUCUGGAGACAACGGAAGUGGAAUAGAGGACAUAUUUGAUUUAGAACAUGAUUUACCCCUGCCUCCACAACAUGCUUCUACAGUGAGCAAGCCUAUGUUGGACAUAGAUGACCAUCAGAGAGAGACAGGUUUCUCUGGCGCUAAAGGAGAUAAAGGGUUGAGGGAAGAGAAGAAGGACCAAGAAGACCACGUAUUCACAGGGCCAAAACGUGAUUGUGAAGCUAAUGUGACUUCAGUCACAGGUGGAGCUUGUGGACAGAAGGGUGAUCGUGGAGAGAAAGGAAUGAAGGGAAGUGCUGGGUCUGGAUAUCCUGGCCCCAAAGGUGAUCGUGGGCCUCCAGGACCACCUGGACCACCUGGACUACCUGGACCACCUGGGCCCCAGGGUCCAGAAGCAAACUUGACAGAAUUGGAGGGGGAUAAAAUGGUGAAGAGGCUGCAGGGUCCAAUGGGCCCACAAGGUCCAGAGGGCCCACUGGGUCCAGAGGGCCCAAAGGGGGAGCCAGGUAAACCAGGAGAGGACGGAAAGCUUGGCUCUGAAGGACCUCGAGGUUUUCAAGGACUACCUGGUUCUAAAGGGCAGAAGGGUCAGAAAGGGGAAGGACAUCAAGGACCUAGAGGUCCACCUGGGCUACCUGGACCUCCUGGCCCCUCAAUCUCAGAUAGGACUACAUUUGCAGAUAUGGAGGGUUCUGGAUGGUCGGGUCCAUGUUGUCCUCCUGGUCCACCUGGCCCUCCUGGGCCCCCUGGACCCCCAGGACCAGACUGGGGAAUUGGAUCAGAAUUAGAGCCCACUGAAAUUGGCCCCACUGGUCUUCCUGGACAAAAUGGGUUCCCUGGGCGUCCUGGGCCUCCAGGUCGACCUGGAAAACCUGGUCCUCCUGGUCCCCCUGGCCCAAAGGGAGACUGUGGUGAGCUUGGCUUGCCUGGGGUUGCAGGGGAAAAGCAAAGCUCCUCCUCUGCUUUCUCUUUUUUCUCCGAUUGGUUUCCUUUCUGGGAGACUAGUGAGGCACAGGGUCCACAGGGUUCAUCAGGGAUCACAGGGCAGGAAGGUCUGGUUGGGCUGCCUGGGCCCAUGGGACCUCAAGGACCUCCAGGGCCACCUGGACCCCCUGGACCUGCAUUCAGAAUUACUACUGAUGGGAAAGAAAAUGAAGUUGCUCUUCAAUACAUUCCAGGAGUCAUGGGGCCACCAGGUCCACAGGGUCCUCAGGGGAUACCUGGACUACCGGGCAAACCCGGUUUACCAGGUAUCGCAGGCCAGAAAGGCGAUGAAGGUCAAAGAGGACGAGAGGGAUUCCCGGGGUUAGAUGGCUUUCCAGGAAAAAUAGGGCUAAAGGGAGAAAGAGGAUGGAAAGGUGACAAAGGUGAAGCUGGUCAUGUGGUAGGGCUUCCAGGACCGCCAGGGCCACCAGGCCCUCCAGGACAAAUGAUCUAUAUCAAUGGCAGCGAGAAGGAAGAAUAUGGAAUUUCUGGACCACAGGGAGAACACGGUAUAGCUGGUCAUCCAGGAUUUCCUGGACCAGUGGGUCCAAAAGGUGAUCGGGGGGAACCUGGGCUACCAGGAGACUGUAUCAAGGGUCAGAAGGGUGAACCUGGUUUAAUCUAUGACUUCAGCGGUAGCCCCAUUCACAUGGCAGAAUUUUUUGGACAGCUGGCUGAGCCAGGACCUCCAGGACCAGAGGGACCUAUGGGACCAGUGGGGCGACCCGGACCAAAAGGUGAAAUAGGAUUUCCAGGAAGACCAGGUCGACCUGGUCUGAAUGGAAAAAAGGGGUCGAAAGGUGAUUCGGGUGGAGGGUAUGGUACUGGCUAUCAGGGACCCCCUGGUCCGCCUGGGCCACCCGGUCCUCCUGGACCUCCAGCUCCUGUGGAAAGACUGAAUGGUUAUGAUGAUGACGGCUCAAGGUUUCCCUUUGCUAUCAAAGGGGACAAGGGUGAAAGAGGAGCGCCUGGCAUCCCUGGUUUGCCAGGUCUCACUACCACCUUUGACAUUUAUGCAUUCAAGCAUGAGAUGAAAGGUGAGCUUGGUCCUAAAGGGGAGAAGGGAGAACCAGGAGGAGGUUUCUACGAGCCUCAUCAUGGUAGAGUACAGGGUCCACCUGGAAGACCCGGACCACCGGGCCCUAGGGGUGAAUCUAUUAGUGGACCUCCAGGUCCUCCGGGGCCUCCUGGAGCCCCGGGAAUCGGUUAUGAGGGUCGCCCAGGUAGUCCUGGCCCACCAGGUCCACCUGGACCAUCGGGACCAUUGCUGCCAGAUGCAUACAGACCCUCACAAACAAUCAGUAUUCCUGGGCCACCUGGGCCACCCGGACCUCCUGGAGCCCCUGGACGUUUAACUGGGGUUAUGUUUUUGAGGUCUUUUGACAUCAUGGCUGCAUCAACUAUUCAUCAUCCAGAAGGCACGCUAAUCUAUUUGACAGACAACAGAAAACUUUAUAUGAGAGAACAGGAUGGUGUCAGAGAAGUCCUGCUUGGAGAAUAUACCCCUUUCCCCAGGAGUCUGGAUAAACAGUUGGAAGCAGUGGUUCGCUACUCUCAGGACUACCCCACUACAUCUUCCCCACAAGCUCCUCCACAACCAGAAGCCCAGUAUCCUGUGCCACAUGAUCCCAGAUACCACCCAUCAUAUGACCCAUACAACAGACACACAUUUCCACACUCCUUUCCCCCAACUGAUCCACGGCACUCUCCAUCAGUCGACCCAAUUCACCAUCACCAUCCUGAUUCCAGAAAGCACACUCCCAGCAGCCACCCGGAUCAGUCUGGCUAUCCUGACAGAAGAUAUGACCGUACGCACCACCUCAGGCCUGUCAUUGAAGAAGCCAAGAUUCCAGCUCACAUUCACACAUCAGGUCCUGCGCUGCACCUGAUUGCUCUCAACUCACCCCAGCGGGGCGACAUGCGGGGCAUUAGAGGUGUAGAUCACAAGUGCUUCUUACAGGCACAAGCAAUUGGGCUCAAAGGAACAUUCAGGGCUUUCCUGUCAUCCGGCUUACAGGAUCUGUACAGUAUUGUUCGAAAGAUUGACAGAGAUCGGUUUCCUAUAGUAAAUCUUCAGGAUGAGGAAUUGUUCAGUAACUGGGAAUCCAUCUUUAGUGACUCAGAGGGCAGGAUGAAUGAUAAUGUGCACAUCUAUUCAUUUGAUGGUCGAGAUGUUCUCAAUGAUGAUGCCUGGCCAGAGAAGAUGCUAUGGCAUGGAUCAAGCACUCGUGGAAACAGGCAAACAGACAGCUACUGUGAAACAUGGCGAACUGAUAAUCCUGCAGUCACUGGCAUGGCUUCCUCUCUCCAAGAUGGCUACCUUCUUCAGCAGCUGCCACACGGCUGCGCCAGCUCUUUUAUCGUACUGUGCAUCGAGAACAGCUACACUGCUGAGUGAACCAAAACAUGUGCUUGAGUCACAUCACAAACUGAAACUUGGUUUGUGACUAGUGGUUUUGUAUGUUCAUCAACGUGUAUUUUAGAUAAAAAAUUGGACCAUUUAUUUUUUUUUUAUGUAUUAACUGCUGUGUGACAGCCAUCAGUAUAUCAAAUGAUAUACAUUGCUCUUCCUUACACCAUAAGCCUUACAACAAACAUUUUAUCAUAGCAAAAAAUAUACAAUGAAAAGAAAAAUCAGACUUACACAUAAACAAGCAAAAACAACUUUUAAAAUACAGCCUUCGCAAUACCUUGCCAAAGAAAACAGCUUCAUUCUAAAUUUUAAUAACUAAUUCUCUUUAAACUACUUUGUUGUCAUUCACAUUUGUAUUUAAAAUGCUUUUAUAUAAACUUAUCUAUGUAACCUUUUUACAUUUUUAUACUUUGCAACUCAAUCACAUCAAACUUUCCAUGAUUGUAGUGCAAAACGACUAGUUGACUUUCUCUAAAGAAAGAUGACUUGAAAUAGGUAAAUCAUUGUUAGUUUUUUUUAUUAUUUAUUUUAUUUUUUACACUACUACAGCCUGCUGUAUUUUACAGUCGACCACUAAAAAAAUCUCAAAGCCAUUACUACUUUUAUUUACUGCAUUUUCAAUGGCACUUACAUUAAUUAAUAAAUACAACCUCUAUUUUUUACUCGUCAUUGGUUGUUUCACUCUUAAAAAUACUGUAAUAUUUACUUGGAAAAUACACUCAAGGUUCCAAAAGAGGGUUUUCACAGCGAAGAACCAUUAUUGGUUCCCCAAAGAACCUUUCAGUGAUCAGUUCAGAGCAUUUUAAAAAUCUAAAGAACCUUUUUCCACUAUAAAUAAACUUUUUUGCAAUGGAAAGUUCCAAGGAUGUUGAAGGUUCUUCAUGGAACCAUCGAUGCCAAUAAAGAACCUUUAUUUUUAAGAGCGUAAAAUCAAUUAAACUAAUCAUACCAACCCCAAUCGUUUGAAUGGUAGUGUACAGUAUAUGUAACAAUAUUGCCAGUUAUUCUUGUCUAUUUAGCUACAGCAUGAGCUACCGUGUCUCUCUGAGCAAAACACGCUAGUGUGGAUUUGUUUCUGAAAGAAUCAGUGUUUUUGAGUGAAUGAUUCAAUGACUCACUCAUAACACAAAAAGACACUUGGUGCCAUAAUGAUAGAAAGGAUUCCUGAAAAAUCCCGUUUAUGAUGUUUCUAUCUGCAAACCGAGACAAGCAUAACAGUGAUAUAAUUAGUAAAACUUCCCAGUGCUGUUGAACUUUAUAACAGCACUCUUGUAUGAAGAGUAAAUAAAGACAGUCAAAGAGAUUCAAGCUGGUGCUUGCAACAAUCUCCAUCAGAUGUUUCAAGAAAUAUGAUUGUAUCGGACUAAUCGGGCUCAGACAGCCUACUCUGAGUUUAAAUCUAGAGCCAGGCUUAAAUGUAAUUUAUCUCUCAACCUUUAUGAGACAUAGUUAUGCACCAUUCCAGUCAUGUCUGGCACGAAUCGCAACCAAUUCUUUGGAUAUCUACUUUUGCAACUAUAAAAAUAAACAUCAUUUUUACAUACACA